AACCUAUAUCACUCAUUCUUUAUUGAUUUUCUCUAGUAUCGUUCAGUUUCCUCUUCUUCUCACAAGCCCUAACAAUGGCAGCGCAAGCGGCACCAAUCGAGUCUGUCCAGUGCUUCGGCCGUAAGAAGACCGCCGCGGCCGUCACCUACUGCAAGCGUGGGAGAGGACUAAUCAAGAUCAACGGCUGCCCAAUCGAGCUGGUGGAGCCCGAGAUCCUUCGCUUCAAGGCUUACGAGCCCAUCCUCCUCCUUGGACGACACCGUUUCGCCGGCGUUGACAUGCGCAUUCGCGUCAAGGGCGGUGGGCACACCUCCCAGAUCUACGCCAUCCGCCAGAGCAUCGCUAAAGCUCUCGUAGCCUUCUAUCAGAAGUACGUGGACGAGCAGAGCAAAAAGGAGAUCAAAGACAUUUUGGUCAGGUAUGAUAGGACCCUGCUUGUGGCUGAUCCUAGGCGCUGUGAGCCUAAGAAGUUCGGUGGUCGUGGUGCUCGUGCCAGGUUCCAGAAGAGUUACCGUUGAGUUGGAUUUUUAUUUUCUGUGCUUCUGUGAUUUUGAAGGAUGAUUUUAGAACUAAAUUGUUAAUGGGUUUUUGUUAAUGUUGGUCUGUGAAGGGGUUUCUCUUUAUUGACCAAGUUCUUAAUUUUGUUUUCAGGAAAAUUUAAUCUUCAUAGCUAGUUGAUUAAACGUAUUAUAUUCACUUGUUGAAUGUUUUGCAAGAUACUGUUUGUGCAUGUUACUCUUCUCCACAUUGGCCUUGAUCAAAGGCAAUUCUUCUGUUCUA